UUUUGUUAGUAUAAGCAUUUAGUAGUCAGUAAAGAUGUAUAAAAAAUUAGUUUUUACAGUGACUUUUGUGCUUCUGUGCGAUAUAAGAGUGAUCAUCAGUCAACCAUUGAGUGAGGAACAACAAAAUGUACCUUUGGUGGGUCCUGAUGACCUUGCUGUUGAAGGAAUUGCAGCUGAAAUUUCUAAUCCUGACAAUGUUGAUCCAAGAUAUGACACCAGAAAACAUUAUUACCUCCUGAAAGUUAAAGAAUACUACGAUUUUCUUCCACUAUACCGCCAAGGCAACGAUAGAUUCUUGAGGCUUGAGAUUGUUGAUAAAAGUGACGUCGACUAUGAUGAAAAACUAUAUGAGAACUCUGGAGAUACUGGUCUAUUAAAAACACUAAAUUCUGAAAAAGUGCAAGUCAAAAGAGACAUUAGUGAUUUUCCUAUUGAGAAUGACGAUAUGAAUGAGAGUUCAUUUAAGAAGAAAAGAGAAAUUAGUGAUGCUACUCUGAAGGAUGUUCUUAAUUUAUUUCAAACAAGCUUUCUGAAAAAAAGGGACAUUGAAAAUCUUCAAAGUAGUGAAAAUUUAGUGGAACGUGAUUUGAAGGAUACCAAAAAAGACAAUAGUUUAGUGAAACGUGAUUUAAGGAAAUUCGAAAGUGAUUUCAAAAAGGAAACCGUAGUUAAACGUGAUUUAGGUAAUUUUUUACCGGAUCGUGUCGACGACAUAAGUGCAGACCCUGACGAUCCAAAGAAUAAUAAUCACAGAUUUAUUGCAUACGUGCCCUUUUUCAGAUUACGGAAAUAUUAUAUACAAAAAACGCAAUGGGAUUCUGGAUUAUGAUUUAAAUGAGACUGAAAUAUUUAUAUCAUAAUAAUAUAUUGUCAUAUACAUUAUUUAGGCUUUGGACGAUUUUUGAAAAAAUAUUCAAUAUCUAUAAAAUGCACCUACACUAUUAAUUUUGUAAUACCUAUAUAUAUUUUUA